CUCAUACCUACGACUGCGAUCUGAAGUUGGGUGCCAUUUACCUAGUCACAGACUGUGAACAUGAAGAACGCAAGGGUGGAACACAACAUCAAUUCAGAUAAUCCAAAUAACGAAAGGACAUGGCGAACCCGCCGUAUGCCCGUUCAGCUGGUUGACUUCCUGGGACCCGAUAUGGAGACGACACAACCCACACAGUUGUCAAUUAGCGCUUCAGCUGUGUCAAACGUUUCUCCUGUUAUAAGUGGCUGCAGCAUUACUCAAAGUAAUACAAACAACCCGGAACGUAUCUUAAAUCGAAAUCACAGCGUUUGCUUUGAGGCAACCGAUGAAGAUUUUCCUGCUGUUGGCGCCACACGCGGCAAAAAAGCCAAGACAACUUCAACUGCAGUUGCUGACAAUUCGCAGCAAUUGGCUUCAAAAGGAGCAGGAACUCCGAUAUCACAGGUUGCCCAAGCAGAUGGUCAGUCCGUCAACAAUCUACCGGGCAAUCAUGUCAAGCAAACACAAUUUUCAAAUGUUAACCAUCAAACAAGUUUGCCGGAAAACUAUUACAACAACCAACAGAUUGUCAAUAAAUGGCUUCAAUCGGUGCAGUCAUCAGAUGUGCAGUCCCAGCAACUGCCAUUGCCAUUACCCCAAUUGGAGUCGCAUCAAGCAUCAUCCAGUGCUCCGCCCAUUGCUGCUGCCGUGCAACAUGUUCAACACUCACAGACGCAUCAGACAGUGAUGACUCCAACUGUUUCUGGUAGUAUGAUUAGACCCACACAAUUGAUUCCGACGACGCAUCAGACAUUGAUGACUCCAACUGUUCCUGGUAGUAUGAUUCCGACGAAUCGACCACCACCACCACAGUUGCCUCGUUUUCUCGGAGAUGUGCACAGCGCACCAGUCUAUCCAAAUGUGUCCACCCAAUCCCAUCGUCCCAUCAUGCGCACUCUGUCGAACUCCAAUUUAGAUGUUCCAAGGAUGGCCACAACCAAUCGUAAUGUAAUCAGAAAAGAUGUUGUUGUCUCAGCGGGUUCUGGUCCCACAAAGCGAUACCAUGAACGCCGCAUGCGACGCGAACAAAUGUCACAGGGCGGACCUGGCUUACCGCCACAGCUCCCCGACGAGCUAAUGAUGCAGCCCGAUCCUUUAAACAGUGGUAUUGAUGCUGAUGCAUCGUUUGUGCGGGAACUCCAGCAGGCUGUGGCUUUAAACAAUCCGCCGACAUUGCAGUCGCAAUCGCAAUCACAAUCGCAGUGUAAUCCUUUGAAUAUUGUUUCACAGAGCACCCUAAAUUGGAAUGCAGCCGAAUUCCAACCGAGGCGUGAGUCUCUCAACCCGAGUGACAGUCAAUCAAGACCACUGGGCAUUGUGCGACCCAGAGGACGCAGAAAUAUGAUAACUGAACGUCGACGGCGUCAACGUUUUCACCGUACUCUCAAGCCGGACGCUCUGUUUGAGUUGGUGGCGCUGCCCGUAGAGGAAAUGACAAUGUCUGAAUCAAUUGUUGAAAGCCAAGCGGUUCCGUCAGUAAUAUCUGUUGUUUUACCCGGAGGCAGCAAUAUGACAAGCCAGUCAUCUAUGCCAAGUACCAAUAACGAUGCCAGUCAAUCGGUUUUUCGGUUUGCCAGCCUCCCCAGCACAGGCGUAGGGACAGAGACGCCCAGAGACAGAGACAGCCAGCUGUCAGCAAUAUGCGACCCCAGCGACAACAACGUAACAGGCCAAUCUGGGAAAACGUUCGACCCACAACAGGAGAACAGUCCGCCGCUAUUAGACAUGGAUCCAACCACACAACAAUCCGCAGCGUCUCUUUUCCUGGUGGCCAAUCGCAGGGGCAUUGAUAUAAACACAGAGCACCACCAGAUUGGGACAAGCAGCAAUAACAAUAAAGCUGCACAGCCACGUCACAUCCUGUUUCGAAAAGACAACGCUGAGCUUCAUAAUGUCGAUGUUGAUUUGAACUUUAUGCCGCCAAGUGUCAAGAAAUUGUAUAGUUUGAUCUGUGGCAAGUACUCGGAUUAUGCCUUUGUCUAUGCGCUGAGUGCGCAACUAAGCCAGGACUGUGUGCCCAUGGAGUGCUAUGUAUAUCUUAAGAUGGCCUUGCUGAUCAGUCUGACCAGCAUUGAACCAGACGAAUUACGUGCACCGAUUUCCAUAUGUGUCAUUUGUACCGACAGCUGUGUGGCAAAUCGGCUGCUCAACAGCAUUGGCCAGUUGGCACCCCGUUUUAUUGGUCCUCACGAGGGUGGACAACAGCCAAGCUAUUCGGGAUUGCCAUCGCGUUACAAUUGGGUGCAGGCCAGUCCAUUAAUGAUGGCACAGCAGGGAGUGUAUUACGCCGGCGACUGGAAUCGGCUGUCCCGUGACCAGACCGAGGAACUGGAGAAAUCCAUUGAGAAUAACAGCUUGCCGGUACCGCAGCUGCAGACCGAACAACCGUUGGAAGCGGCAAUUUGGACCUAUUGGCAGCCAGAAAAUGCGGCCAAUCAAACCACGGCCUUUGCCAAACUUUGCCCUAUCUUUGGAUUGCCUGUCUACAUGGAUGAGCAGGUAAACGAUGUGAUGUGGGACUUUGUGCUACGCGAGCACAGUCGAGAUUCCUCGAAUCUAGCAAAGGAUGCGCUUCAUAUUCCCAUUGAUGACAUGCAAACAUUGUUAGAAUUAAUUCAACAGCGCCAGGUAAUUUUUACUCAGCCAGCGGAACAUUUAUUGAAAAAAUAUUAUAUUAUUUCACGCGUCCAACAGCCCACCGCAUUUAGCAGCAAGACGUAUAUUGUGCUAAAACAAUUUGCGGAAUCACUUGCCAAGCUGGCCAUGCGUCUGGACGUACUCGAAUCGGAUGUUGCCGUUGCCAUUUUUCAUUGCGAACACUUUGUGCGUAGCAUCUUUGGAGCCGGGGAUUUUCCCCCACCAGUUGUUUCAAAUUUUAAUGUCAUCUCUCGUGUAGAUCCGUACAUGAAUAACUUUUCACGUUGGUUAUUUCAAUAUUUGGAUCGUUAUGAGGAUAAAGUCGUUUAGGAUUGCUGCACAAGACAAUAUUAAUUUAAAUACCUCGUUAAUUUAACAUCAAGAAAAGUUUUUGGAAAUUUACAAAGCAAUUUACAAAAAAAUUUUGCAAUUAAAAUUUGUUAUUCAUAUGAGAGAACACCUGAAAUAAUCUUCUUGAUAUUAAAUUGCCAUCA